UCGGUGACGACACAGCAUACGUCGCGUUUGCGUCAUCAUAUCGUGAACAGCGCUCAAACGGGGAGGACGUGGGAUGAUUGAGUGUGGAGAGCAUCAUUAGAAACAUUUUUUUAUUUUUUUCAAAUGUUUCUAAUAUCGGAAUUAUAAAGUACAAAGUUUAGGAUAGGUUCCAUUCGGGAUCGCCGCCAUCAUGGCGUCGGACGAACAAUUUUCACUAUGCUGGAACAAUUUCCACGCAAAUAUGUCAGCAGGCUUUCACGGCCUGCUGUCGCGUGGAGAUCUCGUAGAUGUUACAUUGGCUGCCGAAGGCAGGUUACUGCAGGCACACAAAUUAGUUUUAUCAGUAUGUUCUCCUUAUUUUCAAGAGAUGUUCAAAAUGAACCCAACUCAACAUCCCAUAGUAUUUUUAAAAGAUGUUAGUCAUUCAGCAUUAAGAGACUUACUACAGUUUAUGUACCAAGGUGAAGUUAAUGUUAAGCAAGAAGAAUUAGCCUCUUUUAUUAGUACCGCGGAACAACUUCAGGUUAAAGGUCUGACCGGAAAUCAGAAUGAAGAAAGUUCCACGCCAUCUAAACCAAAGCCGACCUCUAGGCCAGGCCCGAGGUCGUCACAACAAAGGCAAUCUGUUAUGACUAAGUUAGAGACUGAUUUAGAUUCUAAGCCCUCCACCACUCCAGUAGCGGUUAAGCGACCAAAUAGGCCAUCAAUAGCAUCAAAUAAUUCGUCAUCUUCACAAAGUGGACCUGCGAAACGAAAAUGCGUGGACCCAUUAGAAGCCGGACCAUCAGGAUCUGCAAAGGAAGAAUUUGUAACGAUACCAGAUGAAGAUGAAAACAACGCUGUGGCACCGAAAAUGGAACCCGAAUUCGUUAAUGAAAGUAUGUGGGACGAUGAUGACGAUGGCGCAAAUAAUGAGGAAACAAACUUCGGCGAAGAUGACUCUAAUAUGGAAAUGACUGCUUUUGAUGGCUCAACGACAGGCGACGGCAAUAUUACUGGAGGUGGUGAAGGUGGAGCUGUAGGCGAUGCACAAGAUGAGCCUGAACAGUUUCCGGAAUGGACAUCUAUAUACUUUGUCAAAAUAGCAGAGAAUGAGAUGAAAUGUAAUCUUUGUGACAUCAAUCUUAAAGUCGAUGAGAAGUCUAUGGAGUUGCUAGAACAUCUGAAAAUUGAUCACAAGGACAUUUACGAUCUUCACAAGGACAACCCUGAGGCUACCGUAGGCUUCCGAAUUGAAUUCCUGCAUUUAAAUAUGUUGAAAGACGAUGGAGACCCUAAGAAUGAACCUGUAAUUCUUGGUGAAGUUUGUGAAACUACUACGGAGACAAUCGAGCAGAAAGAUGAGGAAAUUUCAACUAAAACUGAUGAUACUACUUUGCCUUUUGUACUGCUUGACCGUAAAAAGAAGCCGAGACGGGAAAGCACAGGGCCACGCAAGCGCAGCUGGGUGUGGAAGUACUUUGAUAAGCUGAGCAACAUUAUCUACCGUUGCAAAUUAUGCAACGUAGUGCUCUCCAUCAAGGGAUGCAAUUCCAACAAUAUGAAUAGACAUGUCCGCUCUAGACAUCCUACGGUCUUCAAGAGUGAGGUGACAAAGAGACAGAAAGGAGAUACCAUUUUAGUAGAUAGCGGUUAUGUGCUGACUAGCGAGACAAAUACACCGUAUGCUAUCAAAACUGAAGAGAUAUACGCCAGUGAUAGAGACUUUGAAGAAAUUAUUACUACAGAGAGUCCGACACAGAAGAUGCGUCGCAGCUGGAUCUGGUCGUACUUCGACCGCGUGUCGAGUACACAGGCACGCUGCAAGCUCUGCGACCGCCACAUCUGCCACGGCGGCAACGCUACCGGCAACAUGAACCGACAUCUCAAGAUGAUACAUCACAAGACUGCCUGCGAUAUGCCUUGUGACCAAAGCUGGGUGUGGAAGGUGUUCGAGGCCAUUGACAACGACUUCUACAGCUGCAAGAUAUGCCAGUACAAGUGUCUCAAGUGUAGUGAUAUAGACAAGAGCAUGGCCGGUAUACUCAACCACCUCAAGUUGGAACACGGUGUAGUCUCCGGUGAUCAGAUCAUCACCGGAGCAGACGUAGAAACUGAAGAGACUUGCUGAGAUACCGUUCCAACCCAGUUAAACUAUAUACUGAUUAAAAACAUUCUGUGAAUCGGUUGAAGAACUUUCUGGAAUGUUAACUGGGUUAUUUCUAUGUGAUGGUGUGAUUUAAACUAAAAUUCAAGUUAAAAUAUUUGGUGUUGACAUUACGUUAUCCGGAAGGGACAGCAAAUAGAUAAAGUAUGGAUGUUGAUUCAGAAAUCAAGCUCCAAAGUUAUCAUGGUACUGUCUCCAAUGUUCACGGUUUCUUGACGAAACGUUAUGUGUAAAUUUUGUACAGUAUCACGUAUUUUAGCUAAUUUUAAUAAUGAUAGCUUCCAUGUUCUUGUUUUAGAUAUAAAUAAAUCAUAAUAACUUUUUGACCGUCACAACCAUGCAGGAAUAUGCACUCGAGGCACGGAUGCGUCGUUUGUGACAAAAUUUUAAUCGUAUUAUAUCUAAAAACGUAAUCGUUUUGACUAUCUUCUUUUGUGAAGUGAGGGUUUAGUACGCGUUUGUUUUACGCCCAACGAGAUCGAAACGAGAGCGCUAACUAAGUUCAAUCGUGCCGGCUAAUCAGAGCGGCGAAAGCGCUCUCGUUUCGUUUUCGUUAAAAGUAAGGAAACUCGUACUAAGGGUACUGCAUUCAUUUGAUUGUUGAUUCAAUUCAUUUCUAAUAACACAUGGAUUUUAUGAAAAGCCCUUCGCAUCAAAGACAAAGAAAAUUCUUCAGUGCUAGCUUUCUUUUCAUGUGGCGGUCAUAAAGUUAAAUUACGUAUAAAUUAUACUUGUUAACACCAAUUGGUUAGAAUUUGGUUCUAAAUAGUGAUGAGGCUGUUUCUUACUUGAGUCAAUCAUUUAAAAUCAACGUUACAGCUAAGCUGAUUGGGCUAAUGUGACGUUAUGCCUCUGAAGCGCCAUGUCCUGAGCGCAAAUUCAAAAACUCUCAUUUUAAAGCUCCAAGCUGUUAUAAUUGUAUUUUUGGCUUUUCCUAGGUAAUUUUACCAAAAGUAAUAGUAAGGCUAUUAGCCUUUGUGGACUAAAAGGCGUGAUGUUAUGUAUGUGGAUCCAGCAUUUAUUUAGGUUUUAUUGGAGAGUAUUUUAUGCAGGGUUGUUUUAUUAUAGCAAUACCCUACCCACAGACGGGUAUCAAAGGCUUGCACUUAGCUAAAGGUUGGCACAAGAAAUAUGUGUAUUAGUGUCCUUUGGGGUUUUUAAGUCUUUGACUACCAAAAGAAAAAUGUUGAAGGCAAAUCUUCAGUUAACGUCGGUCACCGGUGACCACCACGGCGUUCAAUGUGUUAAAUAAAUAAUAUCAACUGCACGGUUUGUGCGGUGACUGGGCAACUGACUGCCGUGCAACGUGUAGCGGCAUCGAUUCCCGCACGGAGCAACUCUUUGUGUGAUCCACAAAUUGUUACGGAUCUGGGUGUCAUGUGCAUGUGGAUUUGUGUUUGUAAACGCACCUACGACACAGGAAUAAAUCCUAGUGUGGGGCCAUGUUUUUUUAAACAUAAAAAAUCAAAUUACCCUGUAAUAAUACCUUCAAUAAAAUCUCUCAAUGUAAUGUUUAAACAUUAGUUGAUUUUAGUAUAUUUAGGUUUAUAUCUACUAUAUUUUUAUAUCUAGUGAAAUAUAGUUUUAUUUUUAAUCUAGCAUAUAAUGUAAUUAUAGGUGUUUAUAUAUUAGUUAGUGUACUUUUCCUUUGGUUUUCAGUGUGUACAAAGUUAAUAGGUAUGGUAAAAUAUUAUCGUUGUUUUAAAAUCAUUAGUUUAUAUUUUAUUAUGCACCUAUGUAUAAGUACUGGAGGCGUAUAUUUUAGCACGUUAUAUUUAUACAUAAAUUGGUGAAGCAUUUUAUCCAUAUUUUACUCAAAAUGUCGAUGUCGUGUACCUUUUAAUGUUAAUAAGAAAUUGUGAUGAUACUUAAUUUUAAAAUCUAUACUUACUCUCAAAUAUGUAGAUUCAGUAUGUCAUAAUUAUGUAGUCAUGCAGUAGUAUUCAUAAAAUACCUAUAUCUGUUUUUAAAGAAAUAAUAGCUAUUAUAAAAGUUCUAGUUUCUGUAACUGGCUACUAGGUGGCGCUAUUAACUAAUUAUGCCCCAUUACUUCAAUCAAAAGAUAGAUUGCCUUUAAAUUGAACGAAUUGUUUACAAGAGACAUUCGUUUUAAUACCCCUAGUGGUAAAUUCAAUUUCAAUAGUGUACUUUUUAUAUCUAACAGUGUAAAUAAUAAUAUAAUCUAAUACUUUUACUAUAAAAUCACAAUAUUUAAAUUAGUAACUUUACAAAAUGCACCACAUAUAAAUUAUACCUAAUAUGCAACAUUAUUACUCCUGUCAUUGUAUACGACAACUCAAUCAAUAUUUUAAACUUAUACAUGAUAUAUUCUGAUCAUCGUGAAUAGUAUUUUUUUGUUAAUUUUGUAUACCAAAUUGGUUGUAAGGUUAUGUUAUUUCGAAAAUACAUCAAUUUUUGUUGAAAAUGUAAGUGGAACUGACAGGAAAUGCUAAUUAUUAUUGUUUUCGUAUAUUAGCUUGUAGACAGUUCUACUAUGUUGUAAUUGGUACUCGAUAUUCUAUAAUUUUGAAGUUAUGUUGCUUUUCGAAAUGAGUAGGUUCCAACCUCCUUCCAGAGUUUUAAAGAAAUAAAUUUAUUCUAUAUUAUCUGUGCAUAAAAUUGCCGCGUAUUUUAUCGUAUUCUCAAAAACAUAUUUUAGUAAAAUAAAAUGUAAGGAAAGUAGUCCUUUUGAUUGAAAAAGAAAUAGUAUUUUGUCUUGUGUAUAAAAUAAUGCAAAACUAGUUUUAUGUUUAUAUAAAUAAGGUAGGUUUUUGGGAACCUAGUAUUAAUUUAGUUUUUUUUGUUAACGGCUAUUGGUAGCACAGGUUUUUCUCUAGGUUAUGUAUUAAAUAAAGUAUAGUUUGUGUACAUAUUUUAAAGCUUAAAAAUAAACAUGGGCAAAAUA